AUGGCCGGCACAGUCCUCAUCACCGGCGCAAACGGAUCCCUGGGCCUCCCUUUCGUCGAGCGCCUCCUAGAAUCCUAUCCAUCACACACAAUAAUCGCAGCCGUGCGCAACCCUUCGCCAGAAUCAGACCCGAAUACCGCAAACCUCGCCCGCGCAAUAUCCUCCCACGCCGACGCGCGUGCUCACAUCGAAGCGCUCGACCUCGCCUCGAUCGAAAAUGUCCGGUCGUUCGCCAACCGUGUCGCAGGGCGCAUUUCCAAAGGCGAGGUGCCCCCGCUCGCUGCCAUCGUCUGCAAUGCCUUUACGUGGUCGCUGAGCGGCCAGCAGGCUACCGCAGAUGGGUUCGAAAGGACGUUCCAAGUUGGCCAUCUGGCUCAUUACAUGCUUGUUCUCAAGUUGCUCAAGUCCAUGGCUCCCAAUGGGCGAGUUGUGAUGCUGGGUUCCUCCAGCCACUACCCCGAAAAACCAGUCCCUAUUUCGAAACUUGGUGCCGACUUUCCGAGCGAAAUCGACACUCUGAUACACCCAAGCUCUGACGACCCUGGAGAUGAGCAUGACCGAGGUUUCCAACGAUAUGCCACCACGAAACUGGCCAACGUCAUGUUCAUGCAGGACCUAAUCGAGAAACUCCAGCAGGACCCCAAAUUAUCCAGCAUCGGCGUCACAGCCAUGGACCCAGGAGGUUUAGUAGACUCGCGAGCACACACGCACCAAAAAGCCGCCAUCAGGGCCGUAUUCGCAGUUGCCAACACUCUGCUGCCUCUCGUAGGGCGGUUCACUUCGGAAGUCCGCCGAUCAGCAGACUCGGCCGGAGACUUGGUGGAGCUGAGCGUUGGAGACAAGUUCAAGGGGGUUAAUGGAUACCAUGUCGGGAUCAAAGCAACGGAGCCGGCCAAGGUGGUUGGAGACGAGGCAAAACGGCUGCUUCUUUGGGAGGUGUGUUGGAAGUGGACUGCGAUGACCAAGGGGGAGACAAUCUUAGGAGAUGCCCGCAGAUGA